AGUGUCGUCUAUUGAUCUGAGGUUCAGUGAAGUCUGGGUUUGGCAGAAUCACUCGUAGUCAGUCGGUGCUAUGGCCGCAGCCGAGCAGCCGCUGAAAAAGCGGAAGUUGUACGACCCGCCGCCACCAUCUCCUCCGGCGGAACCAUCACCGCCUCCGCCAGAGCCUCCGCGACAACCCCCGCGGCCGUCGACGCCGCUGUCUUUGUCCGAAGAAGAGAUACUACAGAGGCGCAGGAGCAAGGAAGAAAUUCGAAAUAUUUUCUCGUGCUAUAAAAGGAUAAAGUUCUGCAUCGAUCAGAAGGAUAAGCGAUCUAUGCCGGAGCUGAAAGAAGCUUAUUUGUCUCUCAUCAGUGCUGCUAGAGGCUGUGCACACGCAAAGUGUCUGGCAGCAGAGUACAUAACACGUUAUGCAUCAUGUUGCCCUGCUGUACUUGAAUCUGCUGCGGAUGCUAUCAUGAGUUUGUAUGAAUGGUCCUUUGAUGUAAUAAGCAAGGGAAAUGACAUUGAUGGUAAUGCUUUUGAGACUGCAAAGGCUUGUAUAUUUGGGCUAGCGAAUAUCUGUCAAGCUGCUGCUUCUGAGGCCACAACUGCAGCAGCUGCCCAAGCAAUAUCCUCUACAGUUUUUCUAAAUCUCUUUACAGUUUUUGCUUCCUCUUUCAAGGGAAAAGACAUAUUUGAUAUUGUUGGGAAGAGUGUCUUGAAGAUAUAUGCCUCAGAGGAAUCCUUUUCUGACUUCAAGCAUAAGUUUUUGGAGGAAGAUAAUUCCAAGUUGGCCAAGUUAUCAAAGCUUCACGCAUUAAGCUUUCUAAAGAUUUUAUUCAGUUGUCCUAAAGAUUCCCUUGUCGCUUGCUUUGAUCUUUUCAAGUCCAGUGGAAAUGAAGGAGCUCAGAAAGGAAAAUACUUUUUUCAUCAGUUAACAGCUGAGCUGAAUGAUAUUGGUGUUCAAAAUAUGGAUGAGGGGGAUGAUGGAUCAUCCAAUUAUUUCAGUAGCACAAACUGUGAGUUGAAGCGAUCUCCUGAAAAUUGCCCUGCGUCGAAGGAAAAGUCUUCUUCAAAUUGUUCCUCAUCCAUAUUGAAGAACUGCUUGUUGGGACUGGUUCUUAGAAAAGAUACGGCGCUUAAAAGUGUAGUUUUUUCAAGGUACAGGUUUCUUUCUCAAUCGGAAUCCCCUGAAGUUGUUUCUGACAUUACCUCUGUUCUAGAAGGUGUGUUUGAGUCAUUUGCUCUGCAAGUGAAGGUUGAAGACAGUCACAUUGAUGGUGGUGCUUGUACUCCUGGAUCAUCUAAAUCUGCCAAUCAAGGCUUGCUUUCGGGGAUAUCUAAUCAACAAGGAUCACCUGUAAUUUCAGGGAGAGAUUACCCUGACAAAAUUUCAGGCAUCCAUUUGAAUCGGCAGUCUUUCUCACCUAGAGCAAUUACACCACGGGAUUUUAGAAGCAACUCAUUUAACGGCAGAAACCAUUCUCCCCAUGUAGAGAGAGGUGCAACUUCAAGUAUGGAUCUCUCAUUACCUUCUUCAAGAUCCUCCUCUGUAGCUGCAAGUUCUCCUUUUGAAUCUCCCAGUCCCAGGCAAGCAAUAUGCUCACCUCAUUCUUCAACAAGCCAUGUGGUAUGGUUUUCUGAUGGUGACCCAGCUGCCAUGGAUAUAUUCCCUGCUUCGAAACAACUCUGGCUGGGAUCAUUAGGUCCUGAUGUCACUGAAAUGCUUAUUAAGUAUCAGUUUGAGAAGUUUGGACCCAUAGAGCAAUUGCAAUAUUAUCCAUUUAAAGGGUAUGCUACUAUUGAAUUCAGAAAUAUAAUGGAUGCCUUAAAAGCUAGGGAAGUGAUGCGAGGGCGUUCACUAUGGGGUACCUGUCUGCGGAUAAAGUUUUUGGAUACUGGAUUAGGAACAAGAGGAGUUAUAAAUGGUACUGCUAUUGGUUCAAGCUGCCAUGUCUAUGUAGGAAAUGUUGCAAGCAUACAGGCAAAGGAUGAGAUGCUACAUGAAGUCAAAAAGGUACUUCACAAGGCUCCUCGAGCUGUUGUUGAUGUUAGCAGUGAAGGUGCAUUGUUAAUGGAGUUUGAUUCACCCCAAGAAGCUACUAUUGCAAUAGCUCAUCUGCGGUGGUACCGCAAGGAAAGUGUCAAAUUUCACCCUCCUUCCUCCAAUGUCGUGCCACCCAAUGUAGUGAUGAAUGCUGAAGAUGCCAGGCCUGCUACUGGUUCAGUUCAUGUUGACACAAGAAACGCUAUCCCUGGUCAUGGCUUAAGUGGGUCUUUGCAUGACCAAAUUGCAAUGGAUAAUCCUUCUGAGGGUCGCCUUGCAAGGACAUCGGGGUUAUCUUCGCUGCUUGCACAGUUACGUGCAAAAUACAACAUCACUCGUCCUCAAGGUUCUUUUGAAAAUCAUAUACCUGGCGCUCCUAUGCGGGAACAUGAAAGACCAGCAACUAACACUCUAUGGAUAAAUAUUCCAAAUAUAAAUCCAUCAUGUAUCACUGACGAUGAGCUUUUGGCUGUUUGCAACCUUGCAAUUAGCAACACUGGAUCAGUUGUCCGGAUUAGUAGAACAAGUAUGCCUGCCGGUCCUUACUGGUUUGUUGAGUGCAGUAGCCCAGAUACAGCAAAUACCUUAUUAAAGAAUUUACGUGAGUGCCCAGGGAUUUUCUUUCAGAUAGAGUUCAGUAAUUCGGCAAUGCAUCAUGUUGCCACUCCCUCAGUGAGACCUGACGGUGGUUCUUUGGAGCUUACAUCACCAAGAAUAUGUCAAGAAAAUUAUAGGCCCAUGAUGCAAAAUAUGCGUCCGUUCCAAUCAACAUGGACUGCUGGUGCAAGCUCCCCAUCCUUUUCAGCUCACACUCCAGGUUCAUCUAUUCCUCCACCUCAGCCAGUUCAGGCACCAGGAUUUGUUCGACCUGUUUAUCCCCCUCCUAAUAGUUUAUGGGAUCCCCGUGGGAUGGGUCACCAUUAUCCCCCAAAGCCAAUUCCUUCUACUGGAAUGGCUCCUCAUGCUCAUACCAAUAUGCGAGGUCCACCAUUUUUACCUGCUUCUGUGACUCCACUGGCACAGAUUCAGGGCAGUUCAGUGGCACAAUUUGAUCCUUUGUUUCCUCGGCCUGUUGUUCCUCCACCACUAUCAUCCUUACCACCACCUCCAUCUAAUGCACCACCACCCUCAUUGCUACCUCCUCAACCUAAUUUCCGGCCCCCAUUGCCUCCUCACCCUGAAUUACAGCCUCCAUUGCCUCCAGCACAUCCACCUCCAGCUCCACCUCCUCCUCCACCUUAUUCCCUGCCACUUGCAUUUCCUCCUCCCCCUAGCUCACCACCCCCACCUCCACCAUCUGCAGUUGCUGGUACAGAGAGCAGGUCAUCUGAGCACUAUGGAUGGCAGGGGAUAUUGAGUAAAAGUGGUGUUUACUACUGUACGCUACAUGCGCAAAGAGUAGAUUCUGAUAUUUGCCGGUAUUCAAAUGUUAUUGCAGAGCCCGCAGAGUGGCCUGCUAAGUUGGAUAUGACAAAACGCACUGAUUUUCAGCAUGUGAAAUCAACAUUUUCUAGUACUCCGCCUAACCGAAGAGAAAUUUGUUGGUUGCUGCCAUCCACGCAUGGUGAUCAUAAGGGCUUUCAAGAUUUCAUAUCAUACUUGCAGCAGCGCAACUGUGCUGGAGUAAUCAAAUUACCAUCUUCAAAGUCCUUGUGGGCCAGAUUACUUUUCAUUCUUCCAUACUCACCCGAAACUUGCUCUUUGCUAUCGAUUCCUGCUAAUCCAUCUCUCUGCCUGAUUGGACUGGUUGUUCCUAAGGAAACAAAUUCCGAGUUGACGUGA